UAGAUUCCAUUUUGUUGCAAUUCAGACGGAGUCGGGAGAGAGAAGUGGCGUCUGUUUACGGCCACUUUUAACACCGCAUAAUCUUCGAAGGAGACGGAUUUGUAGGAAACAUAGCUUGCUGUGCUUCCUACACAGUCCGCCGAGAGGUUUCAGAGACUAUUCUCAUAUUUUUCUUCUGACGAAAGGCUUCAACAACCAAGCCUGAAGAAGUCGGUCUAAGGCUUCUUGGAGCUUCGUGCGCCGAGGUGAAUUGAUGUUCAACUCGGCUUCACGAGAAAACAACGCUCAUUGGCACAUGAAAACCUCAGACCUUGCUGGACACAAAAGUGCAGCGAGAAGUAGACAGAAAACUACUUCGAGGACCUGGGGGCCGAUUGGAGGUGAAAGAUUGAAGAGAGAUCUCUGCUUCGUCAACUUUCUGACAACAAAGAGGUGACACGUAGUGCAAAAGCAGUAUGGGAGGUGGAGAGAGGUACAACAUUCCAGUUUCCCUCCCUGAGCGCCCUUUGCCCAAGAAGAACCAUCAACUUGGCAGGGCUAAGCAGAGAAGCCGUGACCAGAACGGAUCAACAGCAGCAGCAUCUGCAGGAGGGGUAGGGGGGCUUCACCAUCAUGCCCACCGUCGGAGUGAUAAAGGCGCAGCCUACCACAGGUCUCCAGAGGCGCGGCAGGCCGCGUCUGCAGAGAAGAAUGCUUCUGUCCGUUUUGCCACCAACUAUGAUCAGAACUGGGAGGGUGCAGUAUCUCACCUCAACACGCUCCUGGCCGCACAAGGAAGCCCUAGCUACGCAGGGCCCAAGUUCAGCGAGCCACCCUCGCCCAGUGUGUUGCCCAAACCCCCCAGCCACUGGGUGUCCUUCCCAAUGGGCUCCUGUGACAGGGAGAUGAUGGCCUUCCAGCUCAAGAGCCUCCUUAAAGUGCAGGCCUGAGAGGGAUACCCUCACUUUGAUAGUUUAAAAAAGCCAAUGCACAAAGCACCUACCCACCAGGAACGCUGCAGUGCUGUAAAACUUUUAACUGUUUUAGAUUGAUUUCCUCAAGGGUUGGGAGGGAUUUGCAGCAAUGCUUUAAUGCUUCUACUCCCAUUUUUUAAAAACCCAAUAUAUUAAAAUAUUACAGCCCUGCAGCCUUGUUGGUCGGUGAUGCUUUUAGUGGAGCCUGUGACUGAUGACAAACUGGAUAUCCUUUGUACUUUUGUUUUGUUCUUUUUAAUGUUGGCUGUCAAUGCAGAUUGAGUGUGUUUUUUUUUUUUUUUUUUCCCUCCAAACAAGGUUAGUAGUAUAGGUCAGGUAAGUUCCCAACACUUUUACGGUCCAUUUCUGUGGACAGACAAGCCAUUUCAUUCACUUAAGUUGUAUGACGAGCCUUUGGAGUCACCUCUGAAGCUUCAGGUGCUAAAAGCAAACUCACAUUUGUAGCAUUUUUUAACUAGGGCCCAUCAUUUUUUCUUAUAUGUAACUUGUUUCUUGUUUGGGGUGGAAAAGACACUCAACUGCAAUUCUGCAGGGAAAAAAAAGCUAUCUUACUGUAGAUAAUAAGCUGUAGUCAGUAAGUACAGGUCAAAAGUAUAACCUCAAACUGAAGAACUGAAGGGUAAUAAGAGACCAUGGCACACGGGCCUUGGACUGUCAAUUCCUGUACCUUUUUUAUUGCGCUGUGCGCACUGCACUAUGGGAGUUGAGCUUGUCUAAGGCCCACAACACUCUAUCAUAGCAUUAUUUUGUACAAGUCCUUUUUGUUGUGGUUGAAAGAUGUAUGAAGUGCUGUGUGUAACCAAAGCAAUGUUUUAUGCGGUAUUUUUUUUCUUUCUCAUUAUAGACCUCUAUACGUGGUUGACAUUUUUGUCAUUGCCACUUUAACCUUGCCAGCCCGAGUGGUGAAUGGGUUAGAGUCCCUGGGGUCACUUCCUAACUGUUCAUCUGUUCCAAUCCGCACUGUUAUGCUCCUCAGUCUCUGCCUAUUCAGGACAGUGUAGCAGCUUCAACAUGCGGAAGAGGGCCAGACUUAGAUGUGGGACUGCUGAGUUUUACUUUGUCUCUAAGUCACAUGACAUGGUUCUGUUGGCUGCAUGCAUAUGUAAGCUAGGUAAGGCAGAGCUGAGGGAAGGGUUCUGAAAUUUAGUGGCCCAUGGGACUCCACAUGAGGCAGGUGUUUGUGUUUACAAAAUAGGUCUCAGUGUUUGACCAUCCCAUAGUCAACAGGCACUUUGUGCCUCUUGCCUCUGCCUCUUGUUUACCCUCUUGCACUGCAAUCAGACAAUUUUUUUUUCAUAAGUUACAGGUCAGGAUGCUAUUGGAAGUGAUGGAGGCGUACAGACUAUCUCCCUAUGGAUUCUCUAUUUUUGUGAUUCAGUCCUUUAUUAAGACUCUUUUUGCUUUCCCUUUGCAGAAUUGGAGGCCAGCCUAGAGACAACAAAACAAAGUAUGUGAGCUUGUUAGUGUGUUCAAGAGCCAUGUAAAUAAUGAAAUGUAUAAAGUACUUGUAGCAUAUGUACAUUUGCAGACCAAGUUUGAGGCCUGCCCAACAAAAGUAUUUUUAGUAAUAACACUGAAUGUAUAAGACAUGCUAAGGACGUGUCUUGACUUCAAUACUGAAGAAUAUUUUUGUUAAAAAAAAAUCUGCCUAUAGCAUUUGUCAGUACCCUGCACUGUUAUCUUUCCAGAGAUCUUGCACAUGUUUUUUAUUGUUUUGUAUUAUGCAGUGUAGGGUGAAAGAUGCUAAGUGCAAAAUAAGUAAAACCGCAGCAAAUAUCAAUUGGAUCUUAGGAGACUCGCUUAUGUAUGGAUUUGAGUUCUGAAUGUGCUUACAGAAUGUAAGCGUGAUGCUUUUCAUCUUGAGUUGACCUGUUUGUGCCUAUGUUGAAACCCAUGCAAAAACAAUUUUCAUUCAGUGGCAAUGCCACAAAUUGACCAAAUGUUUUCAUCUGAACCACUUUCAGUUCUCUGCUGUUCUUCCGCUAGCUGACAACUGAAUUUGGCCCCAUGCUGUUUUAAGUAUUAUUGUUAUUGGUUGUUAAUGUAGACAAUUUCUUUCUUACCCUGGUUGAGUCAUGCAUGGCAGUCUCCUUAUUCUAAAUUUGAAACUACUAAUGAAUUGGCUAUGAAUUUAUCCCUCUGAUACAAUGUCACCGAAGAUGAAAAGAUAAUGUGCCCUGUUUUUACGAUUGGUAUGAAUUGUUAUAAAAGAAGAAAAUGUAAAAGAAUGCACUCUGAAUUGACGACAAAAUUUUACAAAAAAAAAAUAAAUCCCUUCCCCCUCCCCCUA